AUGAGUGAUUCCAGACCACAGUCCCUGUUCUUCAUCACUCUUCCAGAUUUAAGCAAACUCUGUGCAGUCAGGAUAAUACUGAGUAAAAAUGUAGCAGACACUGAGAUUAAGACUGUGCAGAUGAAGAUGUGCAGGCAAUUGCUGCUUCUGCACAAGGAUAUUCUUUCUUCACCUGUGGCUGGGAUUUUAAACCAGAUUUGGGUGGUGAUGGCGAUACCAUUUUUUAAAGCUGGAAAGCUUAAUGCCUAUGUCGAAAAAUGUGGUGCUAAGGUGGAGGCACCACAAAGAGUCAUUCCUAUAAUUCUCCAAACCUGCCUUUCAUACUCGAUCAAAAUGAGACUUGCGCCAGCCUGGAAUCAAACUGGCCACCUCUUGGUGCAAGGAAAAGAUUUUCUUUCUCAGAUGGGAAAGCAAAAUGCGGUUGUAUUAGACAUCAACGUGACAGAAACCCAGGUUUGUCUAAGUAUAGAGGUGUGUACCGUUAGACUGCCACCUCCUGAGCUUAGAGAAUUUCAUAUUCCUGAGAGUGUUACAAAGAAUUUUGAAGCUAACAAGAAGGCAGUCAUUGAGAAAUACUCCAUUUCAAGCAACUGGUGCUACGUCUUACCAAGCAUGAAGAUGGGACAGAUACUAAGUUUUCUUCACACCACACCCCCUGACUGCCCUUUGCACUCCUACAGAGACUUCCAGAUGCACUGGGAUGACCUGUAUGGAUAUAAACUUCCAGAAGAUUGUGGCACUAUUAAAACAUACUGCAGCAUCUACUUCAAAAUGAUAGGAGAGAGAACCUUCACCUACCCUCUCAGUUGCAUCAGAAGCCGGCCCAUACAAUUUUUUCCAAGAGUGGAUUUGGAGGGUGUGUUGAAAAGUUUCCUUUCAGAUUUGAAGUCUAAACUCCCCCAUAUAUGUGGGUUUUCUAUAAAAAUGACAAAUAAACCAUGUUACUACACACAAGAACUAACUAAACCAUCUAUCCAGGAAAACAAACUCAGACCAUCCAAUCUCACUACUAAAAAGUUACUCAGGACUUCUCUGACCAAAGCCCCUCCAGUAAGGCCUGCCACAGCCCCACGUCUCCCACCAUGUCUGGCAUCAGAGGACCACAGGGUGGCGCUCCCGACCAGCCAGCUGAAGCCACACACCCUCCCAGCCCUGAGCAGAGAGACAUCCCAGUCCAGCAAGGCACCACAUGGUUGCCGCGAUGGAGCAAAGCCCACGGGAAGAAGUACUCAAGGUCCAGACACACGGCUUAGCUCCCACAGUGAAACUGCCUCAAAAUUCAUACCAAUUUUCAAAAAUCGAGUAUCCCAGAUGAACAAAAACAUCUCAAAGCCUGGCAGUCUGAAAAGAAAACAGCAUGUUGUUGCAGAAUCUAAGCUGUUUUCAUCAAAAACUGUUGAGGUCCAGGAUGACAAACUGAGUUCAGGUUCUGUUGCAAAGAAAAGAUCUAAUAGUGGCAUUCCGUCGCAUGCUGAAAAUUCACAUCAGAAGAAUCCCAGACCUCUGCAAGCAAAAAGUACUGAGUCCUGUGCCAACAGAACAAAACAUGCCCGUUCUGAUGACAGAUCACUAACGGGGAGUAUGAAGAAAAGUAAACAGGCAGCGGAUAAUACAGUACUUCAGGUGCCAGGUCACAGUUCAUAUGGAAGGAAAGGAAUUGUUGACUUUCAAAUGAACAGGAAAGACAACUUAACAAAUAAAUACAUAACACAGAUUUUAGGGAAAGACCAUGGGUCAGUGAAAAGGGAAAGACAGCCACACAUCUUUGAAUCAGACACAGAAACUGAAGAUCAACAACUACUCCAGCAACUACCACCCGUGUUACCGGUAGAGCAGAGCUGCCCCACGGAGCCUUCGGCUGUCAGAAGGCUGUCAGAAGUGGAUCAUUUCUUUCACAAAGCCAAUGGGAACGGCUAG